CGAACUCUGAAACAUUCCGUUCUAAUCGGUGAAGGAAGAGCAAAGGUCAUUCUCGAUAGAGGAAAUGGUUCGCGCCGAGGAGAGCUCCUGUUUUGCAAAGCCUACCGUCCGGUCGCUCAUUCGCGUCUAUCCCGCAGUUACAUGUUGGAGCGAGUUUAUUACUGGCUAAAAAUCCAGAGCUUUAAAAUGCCUCCUUGUAUCAUGUCCAGCCAGUUCACUUCACACUUUGAAGCCCGAAAUAUUUUCCUCAAUAGUUGUUAUCCCUUUGGAUCUGGAAUGGCAAGAAUUCUACCUCCUGAACCAGUCAGCUCCACCCCUGCUGGCAAAUUUACAGUUCUUGGACAUAUGGCCCAGAUCACUAUGGUCUGGUUACGAAGAUUUUUAUACUUUUGGCAGCAUUUCCCUGCAAACCUGGUGAAGAUUGUCUUGAUGGGCAUUGCCAGAAGGGCAGUGCCCGUCUUAGAGAAAAUGAAAUUAAAGAAGGCUGGAGAACUUAAAAGAAAUGAAAAUGACACUGAGAAGAAGAUAGGGAAAGGCAGCUGUCUAGAAAAUCAUUCUCUGAAGAGUCAUAAAAACUACCUUUCGGAGGAAAGUUUGGUUAUGGAAGGCUAUUUUGGAGAAGGCAUUGAACAACCUUUGAUUAAUUCAAGCAACAUUACAAUGAAUAACAUGUAUUUGGAAAAGGAUGGGAUUUCUGAGUUGUGUUUAAUAAGUCCUACUAUAAUAUUGGAUUUGGGAAAUAAUUGGGAAAAUUCUUCAGGAAAAGACAUAGAAUGUGUGAUUAUAAAAAGUCCUGGACAUGUUCCCCCUAAGUUGUUGGAUGAUACUUACCAUCCUGAAAUCUUUACAAAAGGCUUGGACUUCUGUGAAUAUUUUGAAAAGACUUUGGACUGUUUCAAUCGUAAUGGAAAGCUAAAUUUUGAUAAGGGCCUUGGUCAAAUUUUGGAAACUACCGUAGUUCCCCAGGAACUGGAAAAGAACAUGAAAUCUAAUCAGAAUCCAGUAACAUGUGGAGAACAAAGCUUAACAUGUUCACUUGAUUCUUCAAAGGAUGAAGAACAGCCAGAAAUGAACAGGAAGAGUAGAGAGAAUGAAGAUACAUACAGCAUGGAAUCCCCUACCAUCCCCAGUACUUUCCAAAGUCCCUUGGUUCUCUCCUUAUUCUAUAGUCCAUUAGAAGAGGAGGAGGACAACAAUGAUGACAAUUCAGAAGACUGGUGGAGUGAGGAUGAGAUGGAAGAGAGUGGUCAGGACAAAACUUACUCUGAUGGCAAUAAUUCAGGAGAAAUAGAGGACUGUCUGGAAGUAGAAGAUGACUCUGUACACCAGGUUGUUUUUGAGAAUCUCUGUGGAGCUCUAUCCAUGGACAAUGAUCACUUCCACCCACUCUGUUUUUCCAAACCCAUUCGGGCCCUCGAAGACCACACCACUGCUUCACUGAAGCCCAAGAACCUUCAAGAAACUGUAGUUUCUUCUUAUCUGACAAGGACCAAUUCUAAACUUGAAGAAUUGUGUCAUCUCCCAAAGCAGUCAUGGCCCAGAGAGGACCAAAAAGUUGCAAGUAAUCAGGAGACCCACAGAUGCUACCAACCAAGUCCCAGGAAAAAUACUUCUCCCAUCCCUGCAGAAAUACCACUAGUUUUGCAGCAGGAAAUCCAGGUGAAAAAGAAGGUCCGAUUCUCCCCAGUGGUCACUAUCCACCCACUGGUGGUCUGGGAUUAUGCUUCUCGGGCUGCCCGUCGGGGCCCAUGGGAGGAAAUGGCUCGUGACCGCUGCCGCUUCCACCGAAGGAUUGCUCAAGUGGCAGCCAUCUUGGAGCCUUGCCUGGCAGUGGAUCAUCGGGACAAAGUCUGGAAGAAGAUCCAUGAAGUUCCAGUGUCUCUUCUGGAGGAAGCUGCUGACAGCGUGCCCUUCUGUUCCAGUUCUACCAGAAAAGAGGAGUUGGGACUCUAGAGUUAGGAAUGAAAAGCUUCUUCAAGAUAAAUGACAAUUGGUGUGCAGAUAGAAGUUGAGGAUUCUGCGGGAACUCUGGUCCAGGCUUUCCAGCACUAAAGGGGAAGAAUGCUGCUUUUGCUCUUCUUCCAUUUGGUGUUUGAAAGCAUGCAGCAAACCAGAACCUCAUUGUCCAUAAGUUUGAAGCAAUUUCAAACUGGUGUGUCUUGGGACACAGUGUAGUGAGGUUUAGUCCAGGCAAAACUAUCAGUGAAAGUGCUCUGGGUGAGAUAAGAAUGUUGGAUGAGUGUUGACUAUGUGGGGGGAUAACUUGAGAGAAAACAUCAAGGCUCCUGUUCUCUGAAUAAAUGCAAUCCUAGGUUGCUACUACUACUACCUCUUUUGGUUUGGAAGGUGAUGAAACAUGGCCAUUGUAAUGAAUAUAUGUGGGAAAUAAUUGCUUUUAAUUACAAUGUAGGUACUAUUGCAGCUGCAUUUCACAGGCAUUACUUGUUGUUGAAAUGGCCAAGUGAGAUGGAAGGGCUCCAUCCAACCUGGUAGCCUUCUGAAUCUUUUGGAUCACAAAUCCCAUGAUUCCCAGUCAAUCUGGCUUAUUGUGGAGCUGGGAUUUGAACAUUUUAUUGGAGGGGCAGCUUGAAGGUUAUUGGGAAAAAUCUAUUGCUAGACAAACAGUUGAAAAGAUCAGUCAAGGUCUGGUUCAUAUUUCUUCACCUCUGUUGUCUGAUCACAUGGCUAGGCCCCUUCAUAUGGAUCAGUCAGAGGGCAAGAAUCUGGAUCCAGAUUUUGACAAUAUAGACUUUGUAUGUUUCGGUAUCCUGUUUCAACCAAGGGUUGGUUUGCCUGCUUUUGUAUUUGCCAGUUCUCUGGUAGAUUGUAUACAUUUUAGUUGAAGAAAAAUAUUUUUGAGAGAUUUAUACUAAUUUAUAUUAAAUUGUUCCUUUGAACUCCCUGAUAUGUCUUGAAUAUAUAAUAAUUGCUUGAUUACUGAAUUGUGAUAAUUAUAAUUAUUUUUAAAGAAUGUAUGUCUUCAUUAUUUUCUUGAUACUUGUGAUAGAUGGUAAUUUAAGAAUGUAAGAAAAUCCAUUUGGCAUCAAGGUAGAAACCUAGCCACAUCUGUUAUCUUCUGUAGUAAUAAGAAUGAUUUUGGAAAACCCACAAACCCACAAAGGAUUUAAGCACAAUAUCCUGGUUAUAUUCUGCACCAUCUGGUAUAAGGUAUGUCAUGCAUAAGGAUCAUUGAUAAUUUUAUUGUCCAGGAAUCUGAUAGAUCACCCUUUAAAAGACUGAUUCCCAAUCUUUUUCAUUAUAUAAAUGACAUUAUUGCCAUUAAAAGCUUUUGUGGAUUACAACAUCCACUAAGAAUUGGUAACAUGAUGCCCCCAUAAGGAUCAUAGCAGAUGUGAUUCUGCUAGGAGGGUUAAUGGAACCCCAAAUAUUAAAUAAUUGUUUAAUAAAUUUAGAUGGCCAGAAGAAGAUUGGCAGAUGUUGCCAGAUAUUAGUGUUCUUGCUCAAGCCUAACAUGCUGGAAUUUUCAGCACAACCUCUCACCUUCUUUUGUCAGAUCUAACUCCUCCCCUUCUGCACCACCCACUUGUUAUUUAACAUACUGGUGAUUUAUCCAUAUGUGGUACGACCAAAAUAUUUUGUUUUUCCUGUCCUUAAUCUCCAUCUUCAUUGGAUAACCCCAGUUCAUGAUAACAGCAGUGCUCUCUAUAAAGCUACAUUCAUAGAUUCUCUGCAACCAUGAUUAUUUGAAGAAAAUAUAUUUGCCUAGAUUUAUGCAGCAUGUUAAACCACAACAGUGGUUUACAAAGCCCAGUGGGUUUAUGUAGCACUCUGACCCAAAACCAAACCAAUCAAAACCAGCCAAGACCUCUUAUGGCUGACAUAAUGUGAUGGGCAAACCAGAUCACAGUGUGAGUUUGCUGGUGUAGUAGCUUAGUAUACCCACACCAACCUUGGUCACUUCCAGAUUUGCAAACUUCAAUCCUUGAUGUUCUCAGCAGUAGCUAUGCUGGCUGGGGAAUUCUAAGAAUUGAAGACCGCAUAUGUGGAAGUAGCAGAGACUGAGAAAUGAUGGUUAUGCAAGCAGCCUUCCAGGGCAUGAUAAGAUUCUUUUCCCAGCCUACCUGGAGGUGUUGGGGACUGAAACUGGGAAUUUCUCCAGGCUGUUUUCAGAGCAAAGGUCCUCCCCCACCCAUCCAGCUUCCAAAAAUGAAUUGCAUCUGCAAGUGUAUUUCUAGGGCUGUACUAAAAUUGGUGUAAAUACUAAUUUGGUAUAUUCAGAUCUGCCAGUUGAAGAGAGGCUGCUAGAGACACUCAGCUAAUAUCUGGAUUGUUAGAUUAUUUGAGGCUCCGGCGGGUUCUUUUUUCCCUCUCAAAACUUUUACACUUGGAUUUAAAAAAAUAUGCUUUUUAAGUGGUGGGUAGGUCAUUUUUUGUUCAGCUUGUGUGUUGAUUCUCCCUAUGAACUGCCCCUAGAACUAAUUGGUGGAAGACAUAUCACGCAAGACAUAAAUAAUGGCAACUGGAUAUAACAAGAAAGGUAUUUCCUGUCUUUUGCCAGUUUGCUUCUCACAUGGACACAGCUGAUUUUAUAGGUGUAAAUUGAGUAUUUGGGAGAAGCAAUCGGCGUAAAGGAACCCGAAUCAUUUCCACCAAAAUGACUCGUGAUAAUGAACUGUGGAGUCUGGACCUUUUCAUGCAACAGGAAUGCAGGCUUACAUACCAAGGGUGACUCACUCAUCAGCAUUAAAAAUAACCUGAGCCAACGCCUGGUACAAAUAGCUCUGAGGGACCAUCCUAAAAUAACUGAGAUGGAAAAAUAUAAGAGUAUUAUUACAACUUUUAUUAGGUAACCACCAGCGGGAGAUAGACAUUCAUCCGUACUACAAUAUUAGUAUUCCCCAGAUAUCUGGAGGCUUUUCAGAUGAGCUUAGACUGCAACUCACAGAAUCCCCCAUGUUGGAUAGAAGUUAUGGGAACUGUAAUUUAAAGUCAUCUGGAAGGCUGAUGACUGGGGAAAACUAAUGUAACCCCACUGAAAGGAAGAAGUGAAAACAGCAAUAAAUUUGGACAAAUCUACAUACAUACAUAUAUAUAUAUAUACAUACACACAUACCAGUCACACUAUAUUCCCUUUCAGAGUAAGCAACAUUAUAGCAAGUAAGGAAAAGGAGUAAUAAACAGCAAGCCAGAGGCAUUGAAGACAUGAAAUAAGAGAAAAUAAAAGGAAAUAUAAUUAAAUUUAGUUUAAACCGUCAUUCACCAUAACUCUCCACACUUUUCUGUCCUUGCAAACAUUUUAGCUUUUAGUUUUCAUAUUUAUAUAUUGGUUGUUAGCUUUUAUUUUUUGUUGUUAUAAUCAUCGCCCUUAUUGUGUUUAUGCUGUUUGCCACUCAGAGUCACACAAUUUGAUUUGGGCAGGCUUAGAAAUCUUGAAAUAAAUAAAUACA